CGCUUCAACGCGCGGUUCCGGUAGUCUUUGCAAACCUUGGAGGUUGUGAUUUAAGCAAUGCCGAUUUUAUUAAUUGAUUUGCAAACACGAAGAAAGUUCGGCGGAUAAUUUGUGGGCCGUUAAUUAAGAGCCCUUGAUUUUUACGUUGAGAAAUCUUAACGUAAUUUACUUUUAACCUGCCGCUGGGGGCAUCGGAGAGAAACGCCUGCGUCUCUAUAUAAGGCAUUUCCGGCCUCGUUGCGGGCCUUUUUUCCUGUUAGCGCUCGGCGGUGACCGUCUGCGCUCCUCUUUUCCUCCGCUGCCUUCCAGUUCCCUGUCAGCCGUCGCCAUGGGUUUUGGAGACCUGAAAAGCCCCGCCGGCCUCCAGGUGCUCAACGACUACUUGGCGGACAAGAGCUACAUCGAAGGGUAUGUUCCAUCACAAGCAGAUGUGGCAGUAUUUGAAGCAGUCUCCGGCCCACCACCUGCCGACUUGUGUCAUGCCCUACGUUGGUAUAAUCACAUCAAAUCUUACGAAAAGGAAAAGGCCAGCCUGCCAGGAGUGAAGAAAGCUUUGGGCAAGUAUGGCCCUGCUAAUGUGGAAGACACCACAGAAAGUGGAGCUACAGAUAGUAAAGAUGAUGAUGACAUUGAUCUCUUUGGAUCUGAUGAUGAGGAGGAAAGUGAAGAAGCCAAGAGGCUAAGAGAAGAACGCCUUGCACAGUAUGAGUCAAAGAAAGCCAAAAAACCAGCACUUGUUGCCAAGUCUUCCAUCUUAUUAGAUGUGAAACCUUGGGAUGAUGAGACAGAUAUGGCAAAACUAGAGGAGUGCGUCAGAAGCAUUCAAGCAGACGGCUUAGUCUGGGGCUCUUCUAAACUAGUUCCGGUGGGGUAUGGAAUUAAAAAACUUCAAAUACAGUGUGUAGUUGAAGACGAUAAAGUUGGAACGGAUAUGCUGGAGGAGCAGAUCACUGCUUUUGACGAGUAUGUGCAGUCUAUGGACGUGGCUGCGUUCAACAAGAUCUAAAAUCCAUCGUGGAUCAGUGCUCUUAAAUAAAAGCUUGAAAGACA